ACACCAUGUAAUAGUUGGCGAAAACACACUCUCUACGAGAAAUUCGCAUUGUAUUUGAUUUGAUUGCUAUAACUUGUUUGUGUAACGAUCGUCGUAGAGAAUCAGGCGAGAUAUAGUCUAAGGGAAUAGUCAAUUGUCAGGGCCAAGAUCGUCUAUGCUUACUUUCGAGUUGUAAGACUUUUCUUCACGCUAUACAUCACUGUAUUUGUUACCAAGGCUGUCAUCACGAGUCAGCUCAGACCUAAUCACAAAUUUCGCUAGAGUAGGUUGUGUGCUUUUUAAAAGCAUACUCUACUCAAUCAAUUUCUAGCAAGAUCGUGUAUUCUACAAUGACUCAGGGACUGGGGCUGGAUCGAGGAGCCGGUGGCAAUGUUGCCACUGGUGGCUUCCUGCGACAUACGUUGGACUCGCUGCAGUCCCAAUAUAAGGAUGUAUCCGUAGAUGCCUCGACAAAUACGCAACGAGCGCCAGCACAGCCUCGCAACUAUAUGACUCCAGAGGAGGCUGUGGCCCGGUAUGGUUCCCAGUUAUCUCGACAGGAACUAGCUGAGAUACACAAAGUGAAGCGUGUUUACUACUUGGGACAAAAUGCAAACAAGUCAGCUCACUACCAAGGCUAUGAUGAGAGCAAUGGAGACUAUAUCAUCGUACUACACGACCACUUAAAUUUUCGGUACGAGUUACUGGAAAGUCUUGGCAAGGGUUCAUUUGGGCAUGUUAUGAAAGCCUACGAUCACAUGAAUAAGCAGCUGGUUGCCGUUAAGAUCAUUCGAAAUAAGAAGCGUUUCCACGCUCAGGCCUUGAUCGAAGUUAAAGUAUUAGAGCAUCUGAAAAAGGAGGACUAUCAGAACUCGAACAAUGUGGUGCACAUUAUCGACCACUUCUACGCACGCGAUCACUUGUGCAUCACUUUUGAACUACUGAGCCUGAAUCUAUACGAGCUGAUUAAGGCCAACCGCUUUAAGGGUCUCUCUCUGAAGCUCAUCAUGAAGAUCGGAACUCAGAUUCUAUCCUCCUUGUCGUUAUUUGAUCGACUGAAUAUCAUACACUGUGAUCUGAAGCCUGAGAAUGUUUUGCUCAAGACAUCGAAAACAGCCGAUAUCAAAGUGAUUGAUCUGGGUUCCUCUUGUUAUUCUCAAGAAACCCUCUACUCGUAUAUACAAUCCCGGUUCUAUCGCUCGCCUGAAGUGAUUCUGGGCCUACCAUAUGACACAUCAAUAGACAUGUGGAGUUUCGGAUGUAUUCUGGCCGAGUUGUACACUGGAUACCCCUUGUUCCCAGGCGAAAACGAGACGGAACAACUGGCUUAUAUCAUGGAGGUUUACAACACGCCGCCCGAGCAUCUCAUUCACGAAUCGACGAGGAGAGCGUCUUUCUUUGAAGAGAACGGGACACCCAAGACUGUGCCCAACUCGAAGGGCAAGAUACACUUCCCAAACUCCAAGUUGCUAAGCAACGUCAUCAAGUGCAGAGAUCAGAAUUUCUUACAUCUGCUCGACUGUUGCCUGACUUGGGAUCCCAAAGAGCGCAUCACACCCGACGAUGCCAUGAACCACCCCUUCUUCAUCUCUCAUCAGGAUGCGGUGCCUCAGUCCAUGUCGGCCACCCCCAUAUCAAGCUCACAGCACCAGUACACAUCGCAGGAUAGUGUCGGUGGAACCAAUUCACGGGGAGGGGUAGGAGUGGUGCCCACCAAUGCCCAGUCAGCCGCACAGACGAUGAUGCACGCGCGCCCUAUGCGUGUAACGGAUAAGGCGCCGCCCCAGAGUGUGCCUCGGUCGUACGCACAGCAUCAACAGAGUCAACAGUACGGCUAUCCGCAGCACAACACUGGCUUCACCGCUGUGUACUCGGAUAGAUUGCCAGCUACCCAUAGGCCGCAUGGAUUCUAACGCUCGUAGUGGCUCUGCCAACGUUGGACCCAGCAUACGUAUUGUAGUGGUUCGAUUUUCUAUUGUUGAAGCAUGCCCCUAGGAAAGGCACAGACGAGUAAGGGGCUCGCACACAUUCGCGUUACAGCUGAGGUGGAAUAAGCGAGGAGAUGGUGGUCUGUAGCCAAACACUAGUUAGAUGAACACCAGUAUGCAUAUAUCAGGGGCUCGAAGUAGUUGUAGAAUAAGCUGCCAGCAGCGCACACCCUUCACGAUACUAUGCCCCUCAUUCGGCGCUCGCAUUAUCUGCUAUACUCAGUAUAUGUACAUAUUUUAACACGAUUUAACGCAAGGCUCGCAUACGGUGGUGAAACAUCGGUGACGUGGGCUUUGCAUAGCACGUACUUACUUCAAUCCUGACCGAAUGCUACGGGAUUGAAGGCGUUUAAUCCUCAUAAGCGCAUUAAUUUAGUAGGCUGUGAAUAGAGGAGCACGUCAGUGCAACAUAUCUUGCGGCCAAAUCAAGUCGUCUACCAGAACAUAGAACGCUUGACCGAUGUUUAGACGUCGGAGCGUGACCUAUCUGACAGGCGCAAUUUAAAUAGGAUAAUCUUGUAGUCAUGGAUGACCGCAAUCCAUUUUUAAUGCUUUCAAAGGGAGACUUCCUGAAACCUGAGAAUAAAUGAUUGAUAUUAUUUUCCGUGUGUUCAAUGUAUCUACAUUCUUUUUUUGGUUUCAAUGACUGCACGUAUCGCCCGUGAACUUUAUUUUUGCGCUAUAGAUUAAAUAGGUUCUCUUUUCGGUUUUGA